AUGUCUCUUUACACCUGGAGUCUUGAUCGCGAAACGCUGGGCCUGGGAUGGCUCCCGUUUCAUUCGACAAUGGUUCAUUGGAGGUUCUCGGAUGCCGUAUAUGUGGUGCUGGUGAUUCUUCUGGACGGGCUGAUUUUUGAGCGAAUUGAGCCGUACCAGAGACAGUUCACUGUGAACGACCUAACAAUCAGCCAUCCGUUUGCGCCUGUGGAGCGUGUGAGCGCCGAGAAGCUGCUGUGGGUCGUCACCGUUGUUCCUCCACUGAUUAUCAUUUUCUUCGUUCUGUUGCUCACUCCUAAACAGCACAAAUUCUAUGUUCUCUAUGUGAGCAUAUUAGGACACUUUGUUGCCCUCGGAACCUGCGUCUUUGUAACAGACGUGUUAAAGAACUGGAUCGGCCGGUGUCGGCCUGAUUUCCUCGACAGAUGCCAGCCAGAUCCGACAGCGCUCAAGGACACUCUCUACUUCGCAAAAGAGAUUUGCACCACCAAACACAAACAAAAGCUCCUGGACGGCUUCCGUACCACCCCGUCGGGCCACUCCAGUAUGAGCUUCUCUGCAUUGGGCUACACCUCGCUCUGGCUCCUGGGCCAGCUGCAGGCUACCAGAACCGAAGUCGGAGCAUGGCGGUCUGUGGUUGCCAUGUUGCCCUCAUUGUAUGCUUUCUACGUGGCUAUGUCCCGCACACAGGACUACCGCCAUCAUUUCGUCGACGUGCUACUUGGCUCUGUGCUCGGCUCGUUGCUGGCCUGGUGGUCCUAUAGAAGAGUCUUCCCCGCCGUGACCAGUCCCGAAAGCCACCUGCCGCACGCGCUGACGGAGUCCGAGCCCAGCUACGCCAGACUCGGUGACGAGACUUACCCGCUCACGUCCCACCCCGACGACGCCAACUCUGAGAUCCGCUCCGCUGUGUAA